GUAACACAUUAACUUAUCUUGUUACUAUUUUUCUCAUAGUUUUAAACUCGAUUUGAUUGUGAACAAUUAAUUAUCACAAUUAGUUCAUUUUCUUCAAGUUCUAAUUACGAAAAACAUUUCUCAUCAAUCAAGUUUAAUUUUAAUACUCAAAUCGUAAAGUACCAAAUCAUUUAGCUCUUGAUCAGAGUUUGGAUUGAUUGUUUUUCUGUGAUAAUCUUAAUCAUCGAUUGAUUUUGUGGAUGUAAAACCUUUAUUAGAAAUGGAAUUAAAUUGUGUUGAUUAAUUGUUUCUCAAUUGGAUUAACUUUUGGUAUGGAUGGAUCACGAUUAAUGGAUCCAUCGAAUUCAAUCCAAUCAAUCCACGAAUCAGCACCUUCGUCUAUUAACAUGAGAUCUUUGGACAGUUCUGGUUAUUUAACUGGUCAGUUAUUCAUGACUUCAGGUAUUCUAAUUGUUUGGACAAUGCUCAUCAUUUUCGGCCUAAUUGUGACCAUGGUCAGUAUCCUAUUGGUUUAUAAAUCACGACAACGACGAAAUAAAAAUCUUAACCCAUUGGAGGGAAUUGGAACAACUAAAUCAACUAAUUGUAAUGGUCAAGAAUCUGGUUAUUCGGGUGAAACAACUCCACCUAAUUUAAUUAACAUCGCUAAUUGUGCACCGGUCACUCGGCGAAUCAAAGUAUCAUCUUCUUAUGCCUCGUUAACAAGUGAUUCGUCAUCGGAAGAGGAAUUUCCUGAAGGAAGGAGGAAAAGUCAGAUAUCAAUGACCCACGAAUUAACUGUUGGACCUAAGGGGACAGUUCGAGCGUUUCCUGUUCAACCAUUAGCUCGGGAAGGUUCAGGUCGAAGUUCAACUUCGUCGGUAUCUUCAAGUGCUUCAAGAGGUUUUCCAUACCAAUCAUCAUGUAAACCUCCUGGACAUUCAGUGGCAACGACAUCAAGUAUUGGUAAAGAUGAAAAGAAACCACAAUUGACCAUCUCAAUGUCAAUCAGUUCGGAAUCUAAUAUGAUUAAGGUGACCUUGAUUAAAUGUGAUCACUUGAAACGUUCAAUUGAACCGAAAGAGUCAACUUUUCGAAGGGUAGUUCGUGCUCGUGGUCUGUCCAGUGGUUUCUUACCUCUUGGAAUCAUUGCUCGAAUUUAUUGUUUAUCGGAUAUAAAAAACGGUUCAAUUAUUUCUCGACACUCAUCUACCUGUAGUUCAAUUGGCCCUGGAGCGAGUGGUAAAUGGAGUCGAUCAACAUCAACAGACUCGGACGGGGGAAAUUCCCAAUCUCAGCCUAAAAGUGCAGUUCCCGUUAUGGAAACUCCGUUGAUUAAAUCUCGAAAAGGUUCAUUCAUUAAAUUCAACGAGCCUGUUGAUUGUGUCGAAGUGGCAGCCAAUGAUUUCCCGUUACGAAUCAGCCUCUACGAGAUGGACAAGAAUAAGGUCAAAUCCCCGCUUGGCCAUUCAAUCAUCGAUUACCUUACAAGCCUUUCCCAUGUUACAACUUUAAAUCAAAUUGUUUUGAAUGUCCGUCUCUAUGAAACUGUUUUCGAUGCAAUCAAAGCAAAUCAGGAACACAAUAAAGAUUAAAUUGUAACAAUUAACUUCUCUUAUUAUCGUCAAAGGUAUGAAACUACUGAUUGUUGACCUCAACUUUGAAAUCUUAACACUAAUUAACGUUUAAUUAAUCUGUAAACUAAUAACAAUUUGACCUUCACCUGAUUUUAUAUACUUUAUUUAUCCUCCAUCACCAUUAUCGUUAAUCAUCAACUUAAAUUGUCAACAAUUUAUGAAGACAUAAAGAUUGGAUUAAUCAAUCGAUUCAACUUCCGUUGAUUGUUUUCUUAAUUGUCUUACCAAUGUAAAUGUUUCCAACUAAAUUAUUUCCUCUCCUAAUACAUUAUAGUUUCAUUAUAAUUUAGAUUAAAUUGUGUAAAUUAAAUGGACAAUCAAAUAAUAGGUAAUUAUGAUUGGAACAAAUUUCAA